CGUUUUACUGAGACGCGCCUCGUCAAUAUCAGCACAAGCGGUCUGCCAGUGAAAACCAUGAAUGUGAACCAGGGGACGGUGGGCAGCGACCCGGUCAUUCUGGCCACGGCUGGGUAUGACCACACUGUCCGGUUCUGGCAGGCCCACAGCGGGAUCUGCACCCGGACCGUCCAGCACCAGGACUCUCAAGUAAAUUCACUGGAGGUCACGCCUGACAGAAGUAUGAUUGCAGCUGCAGGUUAUCAGCACAUCCGCAUGUACGAUCUGAACUCCAACAACCCAAACCCUGUGAUCAACUACGAUGGAGUCAGUAAGAACAUCACGUCUGUGGGUUUCCACGAAGACGGGCGCUGGAUGUACACAGGAGGGGAGGACUGCAUGGCUCGCAUAUGGGACCUGAGAUCAAGAAACCUGCAGUGCCAGAGGAUCUUUCAAGUAAAUGCACCAAUCAAUUGUGUGUGUCUGCAUCCCAACCAGGCUGAGUUGAUCGUCGGAGACCAGAGUGGAGUGAUUCAUAUCUGGGAUCUGAAAACAGACCAUAACGAGCAGCUGAUUCCAGAGUCGGAGGUCUCCGUCAACUCCGUUCACAUCGAUCCAGAUGCCAGUUACAUGGCAGCAGUCAACAGUUCGGGGAACUGUUACGUGUGGAACCUGGCUGGAGGGAUGGGAGAUGAAGUGACUCAGCUCAUUCCCAAAACUAAGAUCCCAGCACACAAACGCUACUCCCUACGCUGCAAAUUCAGCCCGGACUCCACACUGCUGGCCACCUGCUCGGCAGAUCAGACUUGUAAAAUCUGGAGGACGUCCAAUUUCUCAUUGAUGACGGAGCUGAGCAUCAAGAGCAACAAUCCUGGAGAGACGUCCAGGGGCUGGAUGUGGGAUUGUGCUUUCUCAGGAGACUCUCAGUACAUUGUUACAGCGUCUUCAGACAACCUUGCACGCCUGUGGUGUGUGGAGACUGGUGAGAUCAAGAGGGAGUACAGCGGCCACCAGAAGGCUGUGGUGUGCCUGGCCUUUAAUGACAGCGUGCUCGGCUGAAAGGGAGGAGCGACAUCCAGACUAUGGUGCAGUGAGGGGGUUGAGUCCACAGACUUUGUUUCAGGUGGGACAGGACGCCAAAGUGUCAGCUGCAGGGGGAAUUAGUUUUCAUGCCAUUUUUGGUUCUUGUAAGUGAAGCAGCAAAGCAACACGACCAACCUUUAAAUUCACAAAUCAAACGUCCACCUCGAGAGGAAACCCCAUAUUUUUGAAUAAAACUCUCAGCAGUCGUACAGAUCUUAUUCCAGAUCUCAGUAUUUUUUCAGCAUUUGUUUUUAGAGAUUCCUCUAUUUAUUGAAUCAAAUCAACUGUAACAUCCACUUUGUCCCACAGUCCUGUAGAAGUGAUAACUUCUAUGUGCGUUAUGUAAAUAUAAUUCAUAAUCUGUAGUGCAGAGUGCACUGCUGUC